AAGUAGCCAAAAAAUAUGUGGGUCAAUAACACAAGCCACUCUAACAACCAUCAGGAGCGAUGUGUUACAGCAACCUUUCUCCACCAGGGUGCCCAGGCACCCUGGGGGGUGCCUUGGCAAAAUGUCUAAAAAGUGCCCAAAAGUUGUAUACAAGCCAGAGGGUGAAACAAGCCUGCCUUUUAGCUAUACAAAGCCACAAGUUUUCAUUGUGCACCAUUAUGACCUUCUAGAAACCUACAUCCUGAUAACCAAUGACAUCAUCAGUUGA